CCGGGCCACCAUCGUCACUCAUCACUCGACUCGACUCAUCUUUCUGUUGUCCCUCUCGCACGCACCCAGCCCAAGUCACCAGCACCAAACCCGCCGCCAUCACCCCCGCCGUCACCUCCCGUCCCUCCUCACGUCCAUCACACGCGUUCUUCCAAGCAACACAACACCAGCCGGGCCCCGGCGCGCACGCACACACUCCUCAGCUCCUCAUCCUCGCGCGGGGCAGACCGAGGUAACCCGAGGCUUCAUGGGCAACUUCGCGUCGUGCACGCUGGCGACGGCGGCCGGGACCGGGCGGGGCGCCCGGGUCGUGCUCCCCGACGGGCGGGUGCGGCAGGUGCCGCUCCCGGCCACGGCGGCGGAGCUCAUGCUCGAGGCGCCGGGCCACUUCCUGGCGGACGCGCGCGCGUUGCGGCCCGGGCGGCGGAUCGAGGCGCUCCCGGCGGACGAGGCCCUCGUGCGCGGGGCGCUCUACGCCGCGCUCCCCAUGAAGCGCCUGGGCGCCCCCGUGGCGCCCGCGGACGUGGCGCGCCUGGCGGCCGCGGUGGUCGCCAGCGGGGAGAAGGCGCGGGCGGCGAGGAGGAGGAUGAGGCCGGCGUCGUCGCCCGCCGCCACGGCCAAGGUGGCAGCCGUCGUCGCGCCGCCCGAGGUGCUGGAGGUCGCCGCCGCCGCCGCCGCGUCGCUUCUGGAGACGGACGCGCCCAAAACGAGGGCCCCGAGGCUGGAGGAGAUGGCCGUGGACGACGCGGAGGCUGCGGCGGAGAUCGAGGAGCUCAAGCAGCGGCUCAGCGGCGGCGGGCGCCGGUCGAGGCGGCCGACGCUGGAGACGAUUCAGGAGGAGAGCUACGCGGCAGCGAGAUGCUGAUGCAGGUCAAUAAUGGUCAAGGCCAACCAAGAUGGGAAAGGCUGUCUCUCGUAGGCUCAUAGCUUCUUUUUGUUUUUUUUCCUUUUUCACUUCUCCCCUAUUCACCUUGUGUAAAAUACCAGUACUUUUUUUUGGAGAGAGGAAAGAGAAACAUGAGUUGGAUCGAAAUGGUUUUGAAGAGUGAUCGAUAGAAAUGAGGGAAACUUGAGCAGUUCAGUUACCAGACCAAUAUAUUUACAAUUCAUUCA